UCGACCCUGACGCCUGCUGUGUAUUUGGAGUUUGCGUGUCUCUCAUCAUCAUCACGGUGGCUCGGAGAUGUUAACUCCCUCGCCUGGUGUACAGGAGGUCGUGGGUUCGAUCCCGACCCUGACGCCUGCUGUAUAUUUUGAAGUUUGCAUUGUAUGGUAACGCAUGCAUUCAAUGGAUUGAGAUCAAGCUUCAGAUUCCUUCGGUGGCAAUUACAUUUCAAGACGUGAUGAUUAUGGUUACAGAGACACUGGCUCGAGGGGUCAUCACCAAGACGUGUACCGAGAGGAAGUGGGGCCGCCAGACGACCAACAUGUGAAACCUACAGCACCGCAGCCAGCCUUCUGACAACGAUGAUCAAGAUCAUCAAGUCUGAUCACCCAGCCGAUCACCCUGGUGGAGAAUUUCGGGACACGAGCCCACAAGACGAAGGGUAUGGCUAUCGUGAGUCUUUUGACUCCAGGCAAGACGCUGAUAACCUAGGCUACAAUAAAUCAGAGUUUUUGGACCAUCAAGGCAGAAGAAGAUUGAGAGGGCCUCAGCAUGGUGGCCAUAACUCACCUCCAGGUGAACCAUAUGGCCCACAAAGUCGAAGGAAUGACUACGAGAUGCAUUACAAUGCACCUGUUCAGCAAGAGCCGUCUGACCGGAGAGGCUUUGGAUGGCCGGGCCAGAAUCGAAGACCUGCCCAUAUGCAAGAAUUUCAUGGGCUAGGAAACUGGCCCCAAUAUAGGGGUCCGGGUAGCAGGGCUGAUUUUGGAAGCAUGAACAACAGGCCAGGCUUUGAAUGUCAAUAUGACAGGCCUAUCUUUGGAGGUCCAAACAUACCAGGUUUUCGAGGUCCUUAUAAUAAGCCAGGCCAUGGAGGUUUGACAAACAGGUCAGGUUUUGGUGGUCAUUCAAAUAACCGAAGCGUCGUAUUUUAUCCAACUGGGAUAGUAAAUCGGCCAGGCCAGUUACGGCCAGUCACACAAACGAGUAGCGUGAAAGCUGAAGGUCAAAAUAAACUUGGAGGCCAACAAAGAAAGGCCUCCAAGAAUACUGCUGCUGUGGAAUCGAAGAAAGCCUCGUAUGCUGCAGCGGGCACAAGCGUUGGCACUCUGCAAAGAGGUAAUUGCACCUCGGGUGGUGGUGGUGGUGGUCGGCAGACCCAUCCACUGUCAAAAGGCAAUGAAGCAGGCAAGAGUGCCAGCCCAGCAUCUGGGCAGAAGGCGAGCAUGUCUGCAGCACCUCCAAAGCCGCCCGGUUCAUCUGCAGCCAUUGCAAGCAAUCUGGUUAAUCCAAACGCCUCGAGGUCUGUGAGGCCCGGCACGAGCCUCAAGAGGACGUUCCCACGAGGAGAGGCUUCGCAGGCAAAACAAUUCAAACCCGAAAUAAAGUCUUCAAGUUCGGCACCGGGGAAAUCGGGACAGGCCACCCCAGAAGGCAGAACGGUGUCUAUCAUGGAGUUUUUGCAAGACAUGGACAAGGUGCAAGACAUAGGAGACGUUUUUGCCAUGUACAAGUGCUUGCUGUGCAAGGUGAAGACUGCGGAGCGCUCCCAGAUGGACGCACACAUGCAGAGCGACAUGCACAAGCACACGCUGCACGACCUUGGCGAAGACCACCCAGACGGGACGGAAAUCUCUGACUUUCUCGAUGCACUGAUGAGCUGGAAGAAUCGGCAGGUAGGCGACAGGAGGAGACGGGCCCAUGGGCCGCUCACAAUGAGUCUAUCUGUUACGACGUCAGGCAAAGCUGGAGCGGAGCUGGAUGAAACCAUGGAGGUGUUGCGCACCUCAUGGUGUCGCGCAUGCGGCAUGUGUGUGCCGUAUCUCGCCAGCAGUUUGCAGGGCCACAUGAACUCGAAGGAGCACAUCAAAAGGAGAGAGGCUUACAACCGGAAGAGGCGGAACCGCGUCGUAACCGUGGCGAAGAGAAUCAUGGGCCAACAGAAACACUCUACCUUUUUCGAAGCGUUUCAAAAGGGUAUAGAUACAUUUGAAAACACGAAGUUCUUUAUUGACAAACAAGGAGACGUAAAACUAUUCCAAAAUAAUCCACUGAUUAAAAAGGUACAAAUAUUUUUGGGCAUCGUGCCAGGCCAGAGCAAACCAAAUGCAGAAAGUAUCACCGAGGAGUGCGCUGAAGACGUUGACCCCAACGAUGCUGAGCCCCAAACAAUCGAGCAGCGUUCCGCCGGCGAGGCUCUGGAGAGAGUAGUAGGUGCCAGCAAAGGGAACGGGGAUGCCUGCGUCAUAUCCUCCACUGUCGAAGCAGCCGUGCGGUGUAACGCUGCGUCAUCAACGCAGGGGAACGAGGCUGUGACCGUGAGUCGGACGAGCGGGGAGAAGGAAGUUCACGAAGAAGCGGCAAUUGAGGAGAAGGGAGAGAGAAAUGUCGCGGGCCGAGUUGUGGAAGGGGAGUUUGAGGGCAAGAUUGAAAAUGUGGUUUACGAGGUCAGUGAAGAGGUGAGUGAAGAGGUCGAAGGGAUCGUAAGCGACACAGAUGAGAACGUGCGUGGCGAUGAUCGUGAAUCUGUGGAGGGUGUGGGGAUGAAGGGCGGCACGGAGGUCACUCGCGCAAAUGACCUGCUUGCGGCGAAAGAGAACCCUGGACAUUUUGUAGAGUCUCUGAAGGGCGGUGGUCCACACGCAGUGCCUACCCAGGCAGAGGGUGCUAGCAGCAACUCCAAACGGGACGUCUCGCUCGUGAAAUGCGCCGACAGGGCGACCGAGAGCCACAAGACAAGCGUUACUCCCGACGUGGGCGUUGAGAGCCCCGAAAAGGUGACGAAUGUGUGCACCGAGGAGGAUGUGAAGAGCAGCAGCGUUGGACAGGGGAGCGAGGAAGGAGGAGGAUGCGGAGUGCCGGCUUCCCGCAGGCCUGCCGCCCGGGGGAGGGGGAGCGGCCCGCGUGCCCGCCGUGGCCGCCCACGCGGGGCCAAGGGCGCCGAGAGGAGCGGUGGCAGGUCCCAGGAGUAGGCGCAUCCCUCUUCUUGCUGCAGAAGUUCACGCUUCAAAUGAAAUCCGGCAGGUUGCCCUCGUUAAUGCUGCGGGGGUGUAUGAACCGUGAAAAGCUACACACGCCCAUCUGCUUGGCACUGCUGAUCACAACACUCAUCUUUUCACACUCUCCGACCUCGGCACGUCUGACACCCCACCCCCCUUUCUUGGCUCAAGUCUCACCUUUUCUUCACGCACAUUUUAAAUCUCCUUCAGUCACUCCGCUUCCUCGCCCUCCACUCUCGGUGUCGGUGUUCCACAGGGUUCGGUUGUGGGUUCCUAACGCUUCUCUCUCGAUAUUUCGGCUCUUGAUUAUAUUAUCUCUCCUGAUUUGAAGCUUUCGUGACUGCAGGGAUUCAUACUCGUUGGUUCUUUCGGUAAAGUCACGUAGGUAUAAAAUAAAAUAAAUCACGUCGUUUCGGGCGCAACAUCAGCCAGCGUCCUUGCACGUCCCUGCCAUCUAAAUCAUUCUAUUUUUUCACAAUUUUGAGUGAAGCCAAGUGCGUUGAGUGAAGGGGCUCUGUAAAUGUGCUGGCAUCAUGGACCACUUCUUUUAUUUGGAGAUUACUUAAUUUGGAUUACACAUUGCAAUCACUGACACCCUAUUGACGGACUAAUACCAAAUAUCAGGCCAGUGGUGAGUCAUCUUGUACCACACAGGGACAGCUGCUACUGGGAGUCCCCCUUUGAAUGGUCAAGAUGUGAUUUGAUGUUGUGUGCUUUGAGUUGCUGAGAUGAAUGCAGAGAUUAUGAAACACUAAGAGAAGUCAGCCAGACCACAGCUUUGAGAAAACGUAGGGCAGUGACUUUUAUAUCGUAAUGGGGAUUCAGUCAACUCUAAAUUGUCCGUGGUUUGAUUAUCCGGGUUGCGGAUUAACCAUGCUUUUGAAAAAAAAACUGCAUUUUUUGAGAUAUACCCUGUGAGGUGGUACGAACUGAAUUUCUGAAAAAGCUCCCAGCACGUGCAAUGAAACGUCGGAUGUUGUGCCAAUCUCAUACGCAGCACAACCCAAAAAUACAUCAGGGAGCUGUGCGGUAUAACCACAAUAACCCCCCACCUAUCGUUGCGCGCACUCUGGUUAUGUUAGUUUCUGUUCUUCCUUGGAAGGUUCAAACAUACGAUUGCAAACAUGUUGGAAAGUGAACCAAUUUAAUAAACAAAGAGACUGCACAUGUCACUCUCAUUCUACGUUAAGUUAACAAGAAAAAGGUGAACUUAGGUAGUAGGUUUUUUUCAGUCAAUAUGAUUUGGCAAAUGUUUUUAUUCAGACUUUCUGCAUCUUGUCCUUAAGAUUAUUCAAGUUGCCAAUAGCCGCGUUCACACUUAUACGCAUGACAGUUUAAUUAAUAGUCUUUGGGUCUUUCGGGAAAGUAACGUAGAUAGGUUCAAAGAUUGUUAUUUUUUUGUUAUUUUAUUUGAACCUAUCUCUGUGACUUUACCGAAAGAUCCAUAGAAUAUGAAUUCCUGCCAGUCACGAAAGCUUCAAGUCAAGUUUAAUGAAUGUGGAGAUGUCGGGCGGUGGGGAGGGUCUUGCGACUGCAAUUUGGCCAGAUCAGUAUGCACCUUCCGACCCACAGGGGGAGCAUACUAAUCUGGCCAAAUGUGAUGCAAGUGGAAGGAAAGAUGAAGAAGGCAGAAGAAGAGGUGGGGGGGGUGAUGUUGUGCGAUCGGACACGCUGGCCCGGAGAGCGGACAGAGAGCUGGCGCAGGACACAGGGCAGCGUGGAGACGGUUGCAAGGACAGCGGAACACGCCACAUGAUGAGUGGGACGAACGCGUGGGAGACGAAGAAGACGAGUAUGAGGCCCUACCCAAAAUGCAACUGAACAAAUAGGUUUUUGUUUUACCCUAAGUUAGGUAGACUUUAUAUUUUCAGUGUGUGUUUGUGUUUUCUUUUGCGGGCCACCGGAUAAUUAUCCAGUGAAAUAGCAGAGGAGGGGUGGCCUGGAAAAGAAAACGCACACUUAGGUUCAAGUUAAAAAUUGAGCCUAUUAAUUUCGAAAGUGAUUUUCCGUUUACAUCCCUGAGACGGUGGUGGAAAUUCCACAUUAUUAUGGCGGGGGCAAGUAUGAACUACUCCGGACGGAUGAUGGGCUGAGUCCACCCCCCCCCCCCUCCUACCAGGAUUUCAACACACGUCCUUCCGAUUACGAGCCACUUCCUAUACCGUCGAGGCAUUUGGCCGGAUUAAUUGUAAAUUAAUAUAAAUUGUUUCUUUUUUUAUCACCUGACAUGAUUUUUUCAUUUUAGAGUUUAGGCCUGAAU